CAUGUCCACUUAGUGCUUGCUACAUGCACUCCAGCACACUGCUUCGAAAACUAGAUUAUUCAUUUCAUAAUUCAUUUUCUACAUACUGUCCACAAAAGGCUAGUGCUGUCCUAGCUGGCCUCAUUGCAUGAGUUGUUGAACCCUAUUCGGAUGAUCUGAAGUUCAGAAUAAAAUGACUCGGCUGUAUCAGAACGAAAAAUAUGUUUUUAAAAUGUAAAACUAAAGAUAAAUCAAAUCCAAAGAAAAACUUGCAAUACACAACCACAGGCCACUGUAUGAAAAUAUCUGAGCACUGCGAAUGAAACCCGACACAUUGCACUGGUCGCGCGUUACAAAAUCGCCAAACAAUUUCCAAGCUGUUUGCUUAUCGAUGGAACUUUAUCGAUCGGUGUUUGAUUGCAUCGAAACGAUCGAUUAGCACGUGAAAUCUUUGACAUUUAAUCUUCGCAAUGUCGUCUCUGUAAAUGCCCCGGGUCACCUCGCGAAACUUGUGUUUACGUCACUCCCAAUUUUCGCCGAUAAACCAAGAAAUUCUGGAGCUAUUGUCGUGUAUCUCACACGGAUCCACUCUCGGGUGUCCCCGCUAACGUCCGAAGGCGUAUCGCCACGAUCACGCCACAAUUUUGCCCGUUUUGGGGACAAAAUGUGACGAAAAGUGUCCGCGGAUGUCGCCGAAAGACCGACUACCGGGGAGGUUUGGAUGCUCUGGCGUCAAAAUCGUCUUUUCUGCGCCGACCAGUGUCAACCGAAUCUGAAGGUGAGAGGGUCGGCUCUCGACUGGGGUAAAAAGUGUAGCGUCAGAUGUUUAUUUACGGCGUAGUUUGAGGCUGAAAAGUGGAAGAGAAAACACAAAAAGUGCCUCCACGUUCCGUCGGAGUCGCGGAGCGGCGGCCGGGUUGAGUCUCCACGGUUCUCAUGCGCCUUAUAAGUACCGCCUCCUUGCUCUUGACUUUACAGUCGUACUCGACGAGACACUCGAGAGAGCAAUCAUGGCGGAAGAAGCUCCAGCAGCGGCGGGACCGUCCAAGGCGGCGGCGAAAAGCAAGAAGAAGGCCGGCACCAGGGCGCCGAGGAGGGACGGGCCGAGUCUCUCCAAGCAGAUCGCCGACGUCAUCGCGGAAUCCAAAGACCGCAGGGGCACGUCCGUGGCGGCGAUCAAGAAGAACCUGGCGGCCAAAAGUUGGGACGUGGUGAAGACCAACCGGCGCAUCAACACCACUUUGGUCAACAUGGCGGAGAAGGGGAUCCUGGUCCAGGUCAGGGGAAUGGGCGCGUCUGGCUCGUUCAAGCUGGCGAAGAGGGAUGCGGUGGCCAAGCCCAAAGCCGACAAGAAGAAAUCGCCCGCCAAGAAGAAACCGAACGCCGUCAAGAAGUCGGCCCAGCGCGUUAAGAAGGUUCCGCCAAAGAAGGUAAGCAAAAAGGCCGGCAAGCCCAAGCCCGCCAAUAAGAAAUCCAAGCCUGCCAGUAGUCCGAGAAAGGCGGCGCCAAAGCCCAAGAAGGGCGGCAAGAACCUAAGUCCGAAAAAAGCCAAAAGGACUCCGGUCAAGAAGAAGAAUCCUGCCAAGAAACCAGCAGCCAAAAAGCAGCCAUCCAAGAAGGCCAAGAAGUGAAGUCGUUGACAACGUCAACAUCUUAAAACCAACCAACGGCUCUUUUAAGAGCCACCACGACUUCUACUCGAGAGCCGCUCCGUAGUUAGUUGUCGUCACUUAUAAUAUCAGUUAGAAUGUUCAUUUUGCUGCAUUUGACGGUGUGUGUGUGUGUUAUGAAAUUCAUGGAAGUAAUGUUCGACGUUUGUCCAACUAUUGACUAUCGCAUCCGCUGAUCGUUUCACAAGCAGUUACAAACAAAAUCAGCCAAUAGCGGCUCGUGAUUUUAGUACAUUUCCAAAAUGAAAAACUGCUGUUACAGUUUGCAACACAACGAGCAUGAAAACGUAGCAAUUUAUAUAAAUGAAAGACUACAAAUGCUAUGCAUUACUAUUAUAUUAUGCCUUCCAUAAGUGCUUCUUUAUCCAUUUACUCACGGAAGCACUCCCGAAA